AUGAAAGACGUUUACGUUCUGGAAUUCUCCGGAGAAGGAAGUGGAAGGAGGUGGAGACGAGGAGCGCCGAUGAAUGAACCGCGGUCGUUCUUCGCCUGCGCUUCCAUGAUUCGACGAAAGUGUACGUCGCCAGAGGUCACGGCGACCAGAAGAACGCCUUACGCUAGUCUGAGGUUUACGACGUGGAGAAAAACGAGAGUGGUCGAUGAUUCCGCCGAUGACGGAAGGAAGAGACGAAUGUCAAGGAUUCGCCAUGGGAAUGGAUCUCAGUCACAAAAUGCUUAUCUUCAAUAUCAAGAAAUGUCUGUACCUGUUCAUGAUGGCUUGGCCAUCGGCAAAAUCUGA